AUGAGUGUUUCCCAAGCCUCAACACCUUUAUCCCAUCUUCUCCCACCGCUCAUUCUUGGUGGCGCCGGAUUCAGCCACCAAGUAUACCGAAAUCCCAAUUCAGCGCAGGCACUGCAAGUUCUCAAACGUGCUUUCCAAUUAGGACUACGCGCCAUCGACACAUCCGCUUAUUAUCAUCCCUCGGAGAUACUUCUUGGUGAAGCAUUGUCACAUCCAGAUAUUACGAGUCUAUACUCUCGUGAUCAGUAUCUUCUCAUGACCAAGGUUGGUCGGAUUACAGCAACAGAAUUCGACUAUUCUCCAGUAUGGGUUCGACAGUCUGUCAUGCGUUCGCUCGAACGACUACACACUCGGUAUCUAGACGUUGUGUUUUGCCAUGAUGUCGAAUUUGUCCCCGAAGAAGAAGUUAUGGGCGCUAUCGGUGUCUUGCUUGACAUGGUUCGCGAGGGCUAUAUCAAAUACGUCGGUAUCUCGGGCUACCGAAUAGACAUCCUCUCCCGAAUUGCUCGCCGCGUUCAGAUUCAAUACUCUCGACCUCUUGACAUAAUCCAGAACUGGGCUCAAAUGACGCUGCAGAAUGACCGCCUGGCACGAGAAGGUUUGGAGGCUUUUCACGAAGCAGGAGUUUCCUGCGUCUGUAACUCGAGCCCGCUGGCCAUUGGUCUUCUUCGUGCAAACGGCGUACCCGUUGGAGAUUUGGGAGAUUUUCAUCCAGCACCUUCAGGUUUACGGAGCGCCGUUAAAGAAGCAGCCGACUACGUCGCAGAGCAGGGAGAAUCGAUGGCAGCCCUAGCGCUCAGACAUUCUAUUCGCCGGGGUCAGUCUCUGUCAACUCCCGAUUUUCGCAUAACAACUAUCAUGGGAAUUACUUCCAUAGCAGAAUUGGAGGACAACCUGACAACUGCUCGUCAGGUUCUACGCGUAUCGGAUGAACCUCGCUGGCUCUGGAGUGCAGAUGCUGGUCCGUCUGUCGAGAUCAAUAUGAUCAGAGCCAGAGAGGAUGCACAACUCUGCGCAGCCGUGCACGACAUUCUGGGGCCAUGGCACGAUUACUCCUUCCCCAGUCCGGGUGAUGACUGGGAUGUUGCCAACAAAAAGCCCGCUGCCGCUAGAUUAUGA